AUGGGCAGAUUCGAACCGUCACGGCGUCCCAAAAUAAAAGAAGGAAGCGACUUGAGGAAGCUUGAGUGCAGCUGGGUGCACGCGUCCCUCGAAGGGCCGUCCUCUGCGGAGGCAGAGGAUUUACCCAUUGGCUGGGAGGAGACGAGCACGUGUGUUCCCGCUGGUGGUCCCGGGGCGAGGACCGCGGACUUGUCGGGCUGGGAAGCCGAAAAAGGGAGCAUCGGGGUGCCGAUCGGGGGCCGAGAGCAUUGCCCCAACAGAGGACGAGCCGAGGAGCUGCGUCAGGGCAACGUCUCCGCCAUUGUUUUUCUUUUGAGAUUACAGGAUCGGGCCUUAGGCUAUGGAGUGUCGGCUUGCCGCCGAGGCCGAGACAUCAUUGUUGCUGAUGAGGCCCACCACAGUUUCCUCAUCUGCGGAUUUGAUGAUACAAUUCGAGUUAUGCCUGGAAUGACAGUCUUUAUUUUGUUUGUUUUAUUUUCAGCCAUAUUGUCUGUGAUUGGAAAUGGAGCCGUGCUCACUGUUGCCAUCCUGAAAUCAUCUCGACUGAAGCCUGCUGAGCUGCUCAGCGUAAAUCUCGCAGUGACUGACCUGGGCAUGGCGCUCACCAUGUAUCCGCUUGCUAUUGCCUCGGCUUGGAGCCAUGCCUGGCUGGGAGGUGACAGCUCCUGCAUUUAUUACAGCGUGGCUGGAUUCCUUUUUGGUGUGGCAAGCAUCACGACACUGGCUGUUAUGGCUGUUGUUCGCCUAAACCUAACCUCAACGUCUUCUGUUACAACCAAUAAACUAAAUCAAAAGAAAAUCCUGCACGCCAUUGCCUGCAUUUGGCUCUAUGCCUUAUUUUGGGCCCUCCUUCCACUGUGCGGGUGGGGGAAAUAUGGACCUGAGCCCUUUGGUAUCUCCUGCUCUAUCCUGUGGGCAACGGCACACGAAUCACGCAACCAAUCCUCAUUCAUCGUGGUGAUCUUUAUGCUCUGUAUUAUUUUGCCCACCUUCACCCUUGUGCACUGCUAUUCCCUAAUAGCCUGGAAACACCACAAGGCCUACAAGGCAAUGAAGAACAGGGAGCAGAUCCCCAAUGCCGGGAAGCUGGACAGACAGCUAACUCUGAUGGCCGUUUUGGUCACUGCUGGCUUCCUCAUCUGCUGGACACCCUAUACUGUGGUCAGUUUCUGGUCCAUGUUCUACUCCAGCGCCAACAUCCCACCUGAGAUGAGCCUGCUGCCAUGUUUGUUUGCCAAGUCCUCCACCGUGUACAACCCUUUCAUUUACUACAAAUUUAGUAAAACCUUUAGGAAGGAGGUGAGGGAUCUCAAACGAUACUGUCUGUGCUGCCUGAAGGUGACCGACAGCGGCAACCCCUCAAGAGAGGAACCCACUGUACAUAGGAUGGAAAAGAACAUUGUUGACAUCAGACCGGUGUCCAUCGAUAAUAAUAAAAGUAACCAAGAAACGGAGGGAGCACUAGAGCUGAGUGAUGGCACCAACUGUUAA